UCCCUGCUCCCUCCCUAGCCAGGUGAUAUCAGAGGAAUAACACUGUGGGUUUAGCCAAUCUACACUGUAUCUGGGGCCAGGACAGGUAGAGAGAGCCUGAAUGUUCAGGAUAACACCAUGAGAUUAGGGAGGAAGUUUCCUACAUCAUCCCAACUCUUUCUCCUAGGCUUUUCGUUCCUCAUUCUGUCAUUUGCUGCUUACAUUGGCUUUACUGAAAAAUAUCCAUACAGCCAUUUCUUUAGUUUUCAACAUAUCAAAAAAGUGCCUCUAUUUGACAUCCAAAAUGAUGUUCAAGAAGUUGUAGCUACCAACCCAAAGCCAUUAGAGCUUCCAGAUACAAGAGCGGGACCAGGCAGCUCUUCCCUGCAGAAAGAUCCUGUGAAAGGAUUGGAAAAUUACAAUGUCCCUGAGAGGCAGGCUGAGUUCCAAGAUGCAUCAACAUCACUUCAAAAGCAAACCAGGAGUAGGCUGGUCAUAGUGGAAACCAGUCAAAAAUCAGCCGAGAAGAAAGAAAGGCCUUCAUUAAAUAAAACUCAAACCAAAGACAGUAAGGAGAUACCUGCAGCAAGUCAAAACCAUGCCAAAACUUUGGUUGAAACCCAGUCAUCUAAUAAAGAUGGGAAGCGUAUUACACCAGCAUCCAACAAAAAGGGAGAAACAAAAAAAUAUAUGGCACCGGGCAAUGAAGAAAAGGAGAAAGCAAAGGCUAAACAUGUGACACCAGUAUCCCCAAGAAAGCAGUCUGCAGGAAAAGCAGCCAAACAACCACAGUUUCACGAUAAAAAUGCCACACUGCCCUCUACAGGAAAUCAAACUAACCUGAGGAAACAAUCCAACAAAAUAAACCUAAUUAAAGAACACUCUGCCAAGGCAUCAGUGUCUGAUGUGCAACAAGUCACGCAUCCAGCUCCUUUAGCAACAACGCCUAAAAGGUUAAAAGCAGCUGACUUUAAAUCUGAGCCCCGCUGGAAAUUUGAUGACAUUUAUCUCUUGGAUAAUUCAACACCACCGUCAACCUGCCCAGAUUCUCUGAGGAACAAGGCUGCCAAAUCUGAUUGGUUACAUGAUAUUUUCCUACCCAACAUCACAGUCUUCAUGGACAGGAGUCACUUCAGUGACAGUGAAUGGAAGCGUAUGGACCAUUUUGCUCCACCGUUUGGCUUCAUGGAGCUAAACUUCUCAUUGGUAAAAGAAGUGAUAUCCAUGCUUCCUCCUAAACCCUACCAUCACAUUCUCUUUGCACGUAAUGGCAGUCAGACCUCCAAGUGCAUCACUUGUGCAGUUGUAGGAAAUGGAGGGAUACUGAAUAAUUCAAGAAUGGGCAAGGAAAUUGACUCUCAUGAUUAUGUGUUCCGAGUGAGUGGAGCUGUGAUCAAGGGUUAUGAGAAAGAUGUGGGAACAAGAACUUCUUUUUAUGGAUUCACAGCCUUCUCCUUAGUGACUUCAGUUAUGAUUCUGGGGAAUCGUGGAUUCAAGAAGAUCCCUGCAGGAAAAGAGAUCAAGUAUCUGCACUUCCUGGAAGGGGCAAGAGAUUAUGAAUGGCUGAAAGCUCUUCUUCUGAACGCCAAUGUCAGGAAGGGAUUUUUGGACUAUUAUGGACCAAGGCCUCGGGAUAAAUUUGAUAAUUUCAAUUUGGAUCAAUACUUUGUGAUUCAUCCAGACUUUCUCAGAUACACUAAAAACAGGUUUUUGAAGUCCAAAUCUCUAGAAAAGCCCUACUGGCGCAUUUAUAGACCUACAACAGGUGCCUUCCUUCUUUUGACUGCACUCCACCUCUGUGAUCAGGUAAGCGCUUAUGGGUAUAUCACUGAAGGAUACCAAAAGUAUUCAGAUCACUAUUAUGAUAAAGAAUGGAAGCGUUUAAUCUUUUAUACCAACCAUGACUUUGAUCUAGAACGGAAGGUAUGGAAACAACUUCAUGACGCAAAUAUUAUGAAGCUCUACCAACGAACCUGACAGAAGCAGACUAUGAACUCCUGACUAGGAGGAACCAGACAAGGAUGCCCGUUUUAUGAAUUUCAAAGGAAAUCUGAACUUGUCCAGUAUGGUAAACAUGAAUUGUUUAUAUAUUUUCUCAAAGGCUUUUUCAGCAACUAAUGAUAAAAUCACAAAUUGUUCUGUAGCUUUAUUCAAAUCUCUUAUUAUCUACAACUAACUUAAUGUCUGCUGCUUGGCGAAUUUUUAUAAAUCCUGCUUGAUCAUUCUUAACAACAAACAAUAUCACUUGCUGUAAUAUGUUUGCUAACACUGCUGUUAAUAUCUUUCUAUCAAAAUUAAUCAAUGAGAUUGUAUGAUAAUUAGCACUUGGAGUGUGAUCUUUACUUGAGUGUGAUCUUUGGUAUAACGGUAAUAUAAGCCUGUUUAAAUGCUGCUGAUAAAAUUCCCUUAUCAAAUAUCUCAUCAUACAAUUAACUAAAUUUUGGCACCAAAAGAUCUAUAAAUGUUUUAUAUUACUGAAUAGGGAAUGCAUCCAAUCCUGGUGUUUUACCACUUGCCAUGAUUAAAAUUAUUUGUUUACUCUCUACCUCAGAUAGAGAAGCAAAUAAAAGUUGUUUUUGUGCAUCAGUUAAGUGUGGUAAAUUAACUUAUUUUAAAAAGAUCUUUAUAUUUUCAGUCAACAUAUUCUCUGGUUUGCUAUAUAAUUCUAAAUAGAAUUUUAAAAAUUGUCCAUUCAAGUUUUAUAUAUUUCAUAUCUAAUAAGUGGAAUCACUGCCCUAUUUUUUAAUUUUUGUAUAAGGGAUUAGUCAUGAUCUUCCAGGUCUUUCAUUCUUCUCCCAAUAUCUUUGUCAUAAACAUAUUAGCAUGAUACUAUAAUAUGUUUUGCAACAUCCUAUACUUACUAGGUUUUGGGAGAAAGUAGUGGAUUAUAUAAAUAUGGUUGUGAAACAAGAGCUAAAACUUUCAGAGAAUAAUAUUCCCCUGAAAUUACAUAUCUAGUACUUGGAAUUUGACAACCAGACAAGGUAAAUGGAUUCUCUGUAUUCUUACUAUGGCCAAAAGACUGAUAUUGCAGCAUUGGAAAGAUAAAUGUAUUGCUCCAUUCACUCAAUGAACUGAAGAUCUGAUUACAUAAGCCAUCUAUGAGCUUAUUCCUAUAGACCAGGGGUGGGGAACCGUGGCUCUUUUAUGACUUGUGGACUUCAACUCCCAGAAUUCCUGAGCCACCAGGAAUUGAAGUCCACAAGUCAUAAAAGAGUCAAGGUUCCCCACCUCUGCUAUAGACAUAGACUUUGUAUGCAAAAGUAAAAUGAAAUAUGGGACUCAUUUAUACAAAAUACAGAUAGGUUAAAAAAAUGAGAGUUGUACAGGUGAAUAAUAUUUGCAUUGGAUAAGUAUAUAUAUAGCAUUGUAACUAUUUACUGUUAUAAUAAUAUACACUUUUUUUCUUUAUUGUAGUUUUUCUACUUUUUUGUUAAAGCACUUUCUAUAUGUUUCUUUUUCUUUGACAGUGUAUGUAUCAGUUAUCUUUGUGUUCCUUUUUUCUUUUUUGUAAUUAUUUUAAAAAGGCAAUUAAAUAAAAUGUAUGUGAAACCUA